AUGGUAAAGCCGACAUUUAAAGAUUUUGGAAUAAAUAUUAUUGAUGAAAUAACAAACUUUUUAUCAACUCAAGAAAUUGUAAGUCUUUUUGGCGUAAACCAGUAUACACAUAAACUCUGAAACUCAAGAAUUUCCACAAAAGUAUUUGAAACUCGCCCGAAUUUUACGAUAGAAAUAGAGCCUCGAGAAAGGUGAUUAUAUCAUCAAAUGAAAAUGAUGUGUAAAAAUAAAAAUUAUCCAAUCAGCGUAAAAAUAACUUCAAGCCAUUCCAUAUAUGUUUUAGAAUAUUUAUUCAACCCAAAGCCUGAUUUAAAGUUAUUUAUAGAUGACCAAAUAACUAUUUGGAGACCUGAAAGUGAAAAUCAAAUAGUUGCAACACUUUCUAAUUUUGCAGACAUGGAAUUUGCUAUUCAUGCAUAUGCCUAUGAAGCUGAACAUCUGGCAUUAAUGCUAACAAAUAAUAGAGUCAAGCAUAUGCAUAAAAAUGAGGAAAUCAACGAGUUUGAAAUUAGUGAAUUUGGCUAUUUGGCAAUAUCAAAAAUGUUUUAUUUGCCAAAUGCAAAUUUUCUUAUUUUUCAAUGCCUUUCAGGGGAUAUUAUUUAUAUGUCAAAUAAUGGAGAAAUUAUUUCAAAUAGAAAAUUAGGAGUUAUACAAAAAUAUAAAAAUUUACCUUGAAAAAAAGAUUCCUUCGUGGCAAUCAUUAAUAAUGAAUUUUUAUAUAUUGGGCCUCACUCUGCAAAGUUAUUGUGCACUCCCAAUGAAUCUGCGAUUACUAAUAUUCCUGAUUUCUGAAUUGACAAAGAAACAGAAAAACUUAUAAUUCAUAUAGGAGAGAAAAAUUGUGGCUGAAUGAGAAAAGUCAAGCCUUGCGUAAUUGAUUUCAUAGAAAAAGGCAUAAAAAUGUUUAAAACCCAAAACCACUCUUAUAUUUUAAAUAAAUAUAAUAUACUCACAGAUUUGUGCUGCGACCAUCAUUAUCAACUUACACCAGGAGUUGAAAAUAUUUUUGCUGAUGGCAUCUACGUCUUAGCUACUUAUAUUAAUUUAUAAAAUUUAUUUUUAAAACCCAAUUUAUUUAAACAGAAUUAGCUUGAGAUUUCAUUAUACUAACUAAUUGCCUAUAUAUCAAAUUUUUUUCUCAUAAAAAAUUUUUUCUAUUAAAAAAAUUUUUGUUCACUCACGGAGGGUGGGUUUUUGAGCAAAAAAUAGGGAUUUUUUCAAUGGUUUUGAUCACUCACGGAGGGUGGGGGAAGUUAUAUUAAUUUUUUCAACUAUUUAGAAUUGGAGAAAAAAACGACAUAGCCACCAAACUGUUACCACCAAGCCUCAAAGUCCUUAAUUUUGCUUAUCCUUAUAUUUUAUACUCAAAUACGCAAAGCGGUGAAGCUGAAAUAGGUAUUUUCAAGUUUUAA